AUGUUGAUAGUGGUUACAAUGGAUGAUAGUGAAUAAUUAUGGACAUGCUUUCAAAAUGGCAUAUACAACCACAAAUACAACCAUCCGACUGGUGCAGCUUAAGAAAGAAAUUUCAGGGCUUCCAUUUACUACAUUUUUCAAAGUUCAUGUAUGAGGACAAUAUUUCUUCGCGUAUUCAUAUUUUUUAGGAGUUUGCAACAUCAAAAGUUCGAAGCAAGGCAAUCGAUCAACAGGGCUCAGUCACUCAGUACUAUGCUUAGUACUUUUUUAAAUAUCUAUCGGGAAGUCUGGCUAGGAGAAUGGAAGAAAUUCAGACGCUCAAAUGACUUCUUUUACAAUAACGUGGAGAGGAAAGGAAACACACAAAAAGAUGAUGCGAAUGAACAAAGUGAGGAUAUUGCUGAAAAUUAUGACAAGCACCAAGAGUUAACCACCAAAACACAGGUUUUUAAUGACUCUGAAGAUAUCUUUACCAAGCAAUCUAUCUCUAUUAUUACAGAGGAACCCAAACAACCAUGUCAACAUAGUCAAAGUCAUUUGUCACCCACUGGCCACUAUACUGGGCUAUUGUUACAGUUUGACUUUGCAUCAAAUGUAUCACGUCAGCAAUCCUUUGUUGUUCAUGAUUAUAAUGCAAACAAAAGAACAAUUAUGCAUAAUUCAUUUGUAUUUGUACAUCGAUAUCCCCACCUAUUGCUUGAUGGCUAUGGUUGGAUAUUGUGCUGUUCAUGUGAUGCAAAUAGAAAGCAAUUUGUUGAAGCCCUACCUAAUAAUAUACAAUUAGAUCCUCAAAAAGAAUCCACAUCCAUGAUGCAGUCUGUUUUCAGUGAUCAUUCCUACCAUGAGAUGCAACCUGAAGAAGACUUGUUUAGUGCAGUGUGCAUGGAGGUUCAGUGGAUUGCUGUAAAACCAAUGAAUAGUCCAUGGGGGGUUUGUACUUUUGUGUAUUCAAAAGUAAUGCCGCCCCAGCCCGAGUUAAAAUGUUGCAGCUGCUCGUCAUAUCAUUGCAUUCAUGUGACAACCCUUGCAAAAGCCAUGCAAAUCGUUGACGAGGAUGAAAUGGAUUCUCCAUUGGUACUUUUUAAGUUUUCCUUUGGAAUUACACCAGAUGCGAGACUAUUUUGAAUUGGCUACACUUAGCAAAGAAAAGGUUUCUUUAUUUGAAACAGGCAAUGAGAAUGAUGCAAGCGAUUUUACUGAUCUUCCUGAAAAAAAUGGUCAUAAAAUUUUGGCGCCAUCUGAAAGUGGUAUUUGUUCUUGUGGUGCAGAGUGGGAUAAACGUUCUAUUCAAGAUGAAUGGUUGUACGUAGACUUGUGUUCAGUUGCGUACUUUUGUUCAAUCCAUGAUGUGAAGGUGUAUUGUAGACCUUGCUCCUCUUGUGCUACGAAAAAGCAUUAUGAUGGCAUUGAAAACAGGAUUGUAUGGUUUGGAUCAUAUGCAAUAUCUCAUGCCGUUCUAAAAGAUUACAUUCGGCUUUUCAUGA